GAAGAGAGAUGUGUCGGUGGAUGAAUUACUACAAUUUGCUUAAUAGCUAAUAGACUCAAUUUCUUUUUUUUUUAAUUUGUUGCGGCUUCGACCUCCUCGGCAAACAUGAAGCCGUAGACUUGUAUUCGUGAAAGAGACACACAAUGGUGUGGAUUACGUAGAAAUAACCCAGAUGUGACGGCUAAGCGCGAAUCCCGGACCUUGCGCACCAAAGUCCGGCGCAUUAGCCACAUCGCGAACACCGUGCGUCUAGACUUUAAAUUUCUGGUAUGCUUUUACGAUCCAUUCACGAUGUCCGCAAAUGCGACGAUACUGCCAUAUCUCAUCCUAGGAUUGUUAGGACUUACAUUGGGACAUGAUGUUAAGGGUUCUUCAGUUUGUGAAUUUUACAAUGAAACAAUGUGUGCUGAAUCCCAGCAAGAAUGUUCAGGAAGAGAAGAAUGUGGGCCACAUGAUCCAGGCAAAAGAAAUCACUGUUAUGUACUAUGGCAAAUUGAUAAUGCUACAAAGAAGUCUAUAAUUAAGUUAAAGGGAUGUUUUUUGGAUAGUAAUGAUUGCUAUGAUAGGCAACAGUGCAUUGAAAACAGUGCAGAAAGGAAGAAGGAAUUAUUUUUCUGCUGUUGCGAUGGUAAUAUGUGCAACCAGAAUUUUACAUGGGAUCCUCACCCAACUUCUUCUUCUAAACCUAUCCAACCUAUAGAUAUUCAUGAAUUAGAACCUGUUCCAAACACAGAUCAACAAAUAAUUACACUUGUCUUAUCAAUAUCAAUACCCAUGCUCCUACUUGCUCUUAUUUUACCAUUUUUAUAUUGGUGUUACCGACGUCGGAAAUUGGGAUAUUUCAACGAGGUGCCAACAUUAGAACCUCUUCCACUACCACAACCAUCUCCUAAUUUGGGACUGCGUCCUAUACAACUCCUAGAAAUUAAAGCUCGCGGUCGUUUUGGAGCUGUUUGGAAAGCACAGUUGAAAAAUGAGAUUGUUGCUGUUAAAGUGUUUCCUAUACAAGAUAAACAGUCUUGGCAAACUGAACAAGAAAUUUUCAAACUUGCACACAUGAAUCAUGAAGAUAUAUUACGUUUCAUAGGUGUUGAAAAGAGAGGAGAUAAUUUACAAGCUGAAUUUUGGUUAAUUACUGCAUACCAUGAGAAAGGUUCAUUAUGUGACUAUUUAAAAGCAAAUGUUGUCACAUGGCCUGAGAUGUGUAGAAUAGCAGAAUCUAUGGCAAGAGGUUUGAUGCACUUACAUGAAGAAAUUCCAGCCAAUAAAGCAGAUGGCUACAAACCUGCUGUAGCUCAUAGAGAUUUUAAGUCAAAAAAUGUUUUGCUUAAAGCUGAUAUGAGUGCCUGUAUAGCAGAUUUUGGUCUAGCCCUGAUAUUUCAUCCUGGGAAACCUUGUGGAGAUACCCAUGGACAGGUUGGAACAAGAAGAUAUAUGGCACCAGAAGUUUUGGAAGGAGCCAUUAAUUUCACAAGAGAUUCAUUUUUACGAAUCGAUAUGUACGCUUGUGGUUUGGUGCUUUGGGAAUUAGCUUCGCGAUGCACUGUGCAAGAUGGACCAAUUGGAGAAUAUAGAUUACCAUUCGAGGAUGAAGUGGGGCUUCAUCCAACCUUAGAAGACAUGCAAGAAAGUGUCGUGCAUAAAAAAGAAAGGCCAAUCAUUUUAGAAACAUGGCGAAAGCAUCCCGGACUUCAAUCAAUUUGUGAUACAAUGGAAGAGUGUUGGGAUCAUGAUGCUGAAGCACGUCUUUCAGCAUCUUGUGUAAUGGAAAGAGUUGCUACAUUGAGUAGGACGCUUGUUUUAAAUUCGUCGACAUUAAUACGAGUUGAUAAUACCAACGAGACUAUCACCACUAAGGAAUCUAGUAUGUAG